AAGUGUCGUUAUUAACGGUAAUGGCAAAAGAAAAAGGCAAAGAGGUUGAGAAUAUCGAUGUCAGUAGAGUCGAUCGUGGUCUCAUGGAAAGCUACGCCGAGCUUGGUAGACAAGCAAUAGGAUCGACUCAUACAGAUUUAACUGCUGACAAACACGGUGGACCCAUCGAGCAACGCAGAGAAUCUGAAGAUGAAGAUAAAGAUAAAGACGAUGCUUUGGGUCUCCGACUGGAUCUCAAUCUGGAUCUCGAAAUCUACAUUAAGGCUAAACUUCAUGGCGAUGUCGUACUCACGCUCUUAACAACUUGAAAUAAUUAAGCAUUAUUGAUUGUCUGUUUAACUGUUAUACAUGAAAUCAAAUGAC